AAAAUUUCCCUUUCACAUGAUGGGAUAUUUACAACUACCAAUCACUUGACUUGAAAGUUAAAAGUCAGAAAUUUUUUGUACAAGACCGACGUAACUUGAGGCGCACACAACCACAUACUUUUUCCAAGAAAGCGUGUGAAGCAGCCUGAAUUUUCCAACAGAAAAUUUGUUUUUCCUCCCAAUUUUCUUCUCCACAAAGUGAAAAACAGAACAAACUGCAAAAAUGGCUUUAAGCGACGCUGAUGUUCAAAAACAGAUCAAACACAUGAUGGCUUUCAUCGAACAAGAGGCCAAUGAGAAGGCUGAAGAAAUCGAUGCCAAAGCCGAAGAAGAAUUCAACAUUGAGAAGGGUCGUUUGGUACAACAACAACGUCUCAAGAUCAUGGAAUACUAUGAAAAGAAGGAAAAACAAGUUGAAUUGCAAAAGAAAAUUCAAUCUUCAAACAUGCUCAAUCAAGCUCGUUUGAAGGUCCUUAAAGUACGUGAAGAUCAUGUUGCCAGCGUCUUGGAAGAUGCCCGCCGCCGCUUGGGUGAAGUCACCAAAAAUCCAGCCGAAUACAAAGUUGUUUUGGAAAAGUUGAUUUUGCAAGCCUUGUUCCAAACCAUGGAGCCCACGGUCAUUUUGCGCUGCCGCCAAGUUGAUGUUGGUCUUGUCAAUGAAGUUCUGCCAGCCGCCGUUGAGGAAUACAAAAAGCAAAUGAUGAACCAAGGCGUUAGUGUUGAUGUUGAUACGGACAACUACUUGCCUGCCGAUACAUGUGGUGGCAUUGAAUUGAUUGCCCUGAAUGGUCGCAUCAAGGUACCCAACACAUUGGAAUCCCGCUUGGAAUUGAUUUCACAACAAUUGGUACCCGAAAUACGUAACGCCCUGUUCGGACGUAACGUCAACCGUAAAUUUGCCGAUUAAGUAUCUUUCAAUAAUUUUUAUUUUCCUCCAACCACCACCUCCCUCCUCCCCCCUCUUGUGUGCAUAAAUUUAUUUAGCUUACAAUAAUAAUAUUAAUAAAACACAAAAUGGUCAAAAAAGUAAUUAUUAUAACAAAAACAACAACAACAGCAGCAAUAACCAAUCAAGUAAAUGCAAAGCAAGAAAAAAUGCCGUUCAAUAAUAAUAAUAACCCCUCUGUUUUGUCUGUUCCCCCCGCUUAAUGCAAAUAAGUUAUUGUUUUGUUUAAUAAUUAAGCCAAAUGAGAAGUGGCAUGUAAAUGCAUCCGAGGCCAUAACUAAAAUUUGUUAGCAAUAGCAAAUUAAUUUCCAUAUAUGGUUUUAAGCCAACCCCAAAGAAAAAUAGAAAAACAUAACUCAUGAAAACGAUAUUAUUAAACACAAUAACACAAACGGGAUAUAUAACAACUUAACUAACUAACCAACCAACCAAAAAAACUUAAAAAAAGGAAAUAAGAAAACAAAUACUAUUGAAAGGCAUUAUUAAUAAAGGUUUUAAGGUAACAACAUAGCAGAAAUACAUUAUACUAUAUAUAUAUAUUGAAAAAAAGAAGAAAACCUAAAAAGAAUCGUUUUUGUUGUUUAAAAAAAAUUAUAUAAAUAUUACAAAUAAUAAUAACACAAACAAAAAUAGUUUAAAGUAAAAAAAAAACAAAAAUCAGUUAUACAUAUAUUUAAACAUAUUUACGUAUACUAUUAUUAUGAUCUAUUACUACUUACAAACGAAAAAUACCUUACAAUUGAUAUACAAUUGAAAAAAAAGACAAAAUUAAUCAUUUACAAAAAAAACAUACAUUCCUGUACAAAAAAAAUGGUUAAUUUCUAAAACUAAAAAUCGUAAAUUGUAUCCACUCCUUUUCCUUUACUUUAAUUAUGUCGUUGACUAUUUUUAAGUUUCUUUUGUUUUUUUUUCUUAUUUUUCUUUUAUUUUGUUUGUGGAAAGCUGUGAUUUUUUUGUACCACCACCUCUGAAACAUCAAAAUUAUUAUUCAAAAGGCGUUACUUAAAAAUAACUAAAACUGCCAGUAAAUGAUAUAAAACCCCCCAAAACUAAUUCCAGGGGAAAACACACGUUUGCCUCUCCCAUGGUCCCCAACAACAUCAGCCAUCUCUUAAUUUCUUUAUAGAACUUAGAUUUCUUGUAUUCCAAACUUUUCAAUAACAGCAUCCUUUAUGUUUAGUUUAAAGAAAUUUUGAUUAUCAUAAAAAAAUACAUUUUCAAUAAUUUCUCUAGACUUAAUGUAGAGUAUUGGAAAGAGCAAAUACGAUAAAUCUAAGGAAAUGUAACAUUCUCUCUUUGAAAAAAAAAAAAACAAAUAUCGCUCUUUGAAUAGUGUGUGUGUGCAUGUUGCGGCGCUUGUCAUUCUCUCUCAACAUUCUUCAAAUAACUCCAUUUCUCUUUGUCGUUAUCUUAGUUGUUGUAACGGUGUGUAGUUGUCCAUGUUGUUAUUAUUAUUCUCACUAAAUCGUCUUUAAGCGGGUUUUUGUUCACUCCCUUCUUCUUCUUUCUUUGGAAAACAAAUUACUUAAUUAUCUAAAUGUUUUAAUUAAAAAAUAUAAAAUAUCAUAAUAUAUAGAAAAAAAUAAAUAAAAAACGUGGGAAAUUAUUAUUACUCUUUUAUAAAUCAAUAAAAAAAGGACCAAGGCUCACUGCUGUUUUCCCCUGUUUUGUACAAAAAACAGAAAAACGCUUUUGAACACAGCUUCAUUAUUUGACAAAUUACAAUUCUACAAUUUUCUGCUAAACCUUAUUAUUCUUUUAUUUUAUUUUAAGAAAAAAAAAUGUAACCAUUCCCCCCUCCUUUCUUUGUAUUUGUUUUUCUUUUUAUUUUCUAAAAGUAUUAUUAUUUCGAAAUGUUAAUAUAUAAUUUUUUUGCUUUCAAAAUCUGCUGUUUGCUGCUUUGUUUUUGAUUUGUAUUAGUCCCACCAAUCCGACCCUCCUCACCAAAAAUAUAUAUAUUGUUGUUUUUUGAAUUUCAUCAUUAAUAAUAAUAAUAAUGUGAAUGUGUGUUAUGUUUUACAUAUA